CAGAUGUUCAUCCAUUGGCCACUUUAGUAUCUGAGCCCUCCACUGUUCGUUCCGACGGAAUAAAUGGAGUCGCAUAGAGAAUGCGGUUAAACCUACCCCUGGGAGUAUUCUCAAGCCGUAUCCAUUCAGCGCACCACCCCGAUCACUUCACCCAGAUUGAAGACCUCAAGAACCGAAAUAAUCUGAUUAACGUUGCCUUUCAUGGAGAACAACGUACCCGACUCGCCGUCGGCUAGUCCGUCUGACAGCAUAGGAAAGGCAUCGACCUCAGCCUCUCAGCCUCGCAACCGGGCUCUAGCCAAAGCUUCGCGGCGAAAUCAUUCCAAGACGAGGACGGGGUGUUAUACCUGCAAGAGACGCAAGAUAAAGUGCGACGAGCAACGACCGUCCUGUAAGAACUGCGUUAAACACGGAGUUACUUGUGACUUUGCACAGGCGACUCAGACCACCCUUCGCCAAAAUCCCAGCGCAGAUUCCGAGUUAAACCUACUGGACCUCGAACUUCUGCACAACUUCACCACCUUGACUUAUUCGACCCUCACUCAUGACCCUGCUAUCCAAAAUCUUUGGAAGUUUGGUAUUAUUCGCUUGGCUGUCGGCUGCGACUAUCUCAUGCGGAGUAUUCUCGCCGUUUCGGCCCUCCAUAUAGCCCAGCACCGCCCAGAGCAGAAGGACUUCUACGUCUCUAAUGCCAUUAUAUACCAUCAAAUUGCAAGCCGCACUGCGAUAAGGCUGAUGGCGGAAGCUAAGCCCGAGAAUAGCGAGUGCCUCUGGGCCUUUAGUAUCUCAACAAUAUAUUUCGCUAUGGGAAGCCCGAGGGAUAACAAUACUUCACUCUUGAUCGGAGAGUCUUCGUUUCCAGACUGGCUUUUCCUGUUGGACGGAGUGCGUCACAUUCUGAAUAGUCUUCAGACCACGUCCUAUACUGGAGUCCUUUCACCGAUGAUUGCCGACGGUGCGAAGAGAUGGAUCGCCUCUCACGAGCCUCAACACGUGAAAUCCAACAUCCUGGACAACCUCGAAACCCAAAUCAGAUCAAAUGUGACCGACCCGGCUCUCAUGUCAAUUUACGGCGUAGCUAUCGACGAGCUACGACCCCAACUGAGCUUUGCGUUUUCUCCGGAAUGCCAGAACCUGGAUAUAAUGGACGCCUUUGUGUGGCAGUUUGCCGUAGUAGAGAACUUUAUGCCUCUAUUGAAGGUGCCAACGCAAGAGGCGGUGGUUAUUUUCGCUCACCAUUGCUUGAUCCUCAAUAAACUGCAGAGCAUUUGGUGGUUGCGAGGCUGGGACAAGUUUAUCAUGUCAAGAGCGUGGGAGAUUCUGGAUCAGGAACACAGGUUGUGGAUUCAGUGGCCUAUAGAGGAGAUAGGCUGGGUUCCACCCUGAUCUUUGACUCUGUAUCCAUAAUUGGUCGCAUAUAUAGUGUCGUGUCCGGUCAAUUUGUUUUUAAAUGCCACGGCUUAAUGUUAAGUUCUUGUUGACCUAACACUCAAAAUCACCAUUGCCCCA